AGCUCUGAGGAGAGACCUCUGUGGUGGAGGUUGUUGUCGGCGGCAGAGAUGGAGCCGUCGGGCUGGAUGCGCGCCGGGGUUCUUCUGCUGUUGGCGGCCCCGCUCUACGGCCGCGAGCUCCGCUUCGGAGCGGGAGCGCCGCCGCGGGUCCGGCGGUCCGAAUCCGAGGGAGUGUGCGGCCCGCGAGACGGAGGCUUUGAUUUGGAGGUGCUGGGCAACAACACCCACCAGCGUGUCUUCAAUGAUCUCAGUGGCUCAGUGACCCUAUCCUGGAUUGGUGACAGCACUGGGGUUAUUCUUGUGUUAACUACAUUUCAGAUACCUCUGGUAAUCAUGAGUUUCGGGCAGUCUAAGCUCUACAGAAGUGAAGACUAUGGGAAAACUUUUGUAGACAUUACGGAUCUCAUUAACAACACUUUCAUCCGGACAGAAUUUGGAAUGGCCAUUGGACCAGAAAAUUCAGGGAAGGUGAUACUGACAGGGGACAGACCUAGACCAUACCAUACCGGAAGAAUAUUUCGAUCAUCUGAUUUUGCUAAGAACUUCCAGUUGACAGAUAUUCCUUUCCAUCCUUCAACUCAAAUAAUUUAUCACCCUCAGAAUUCUGAUCUGCUGUUGGCCCUCAGUAUUGAGGGCAGCCUAUGGGUAUCUAAGACCUUUGGUGAGAAAUGGAAAGAAAUACACAAAGAUGUUUGCCUGGCCAAAUGGGGCUCUGGCCUGACCAUCUUCUUCACCACAUUUCUGAAUGGCUCUUGUAAAGCUGAUCUUGGGUUACUUGAGCUGAAAAGGACCAAAGACUUUGGGAAGACAUUCAAGACUAUAGGAAGCAAAAUCUACUCCUUUGGCCUUGGAGGACGCUUCCUCUUUGCAUCUGUGAUGACAGAAAAGGGCAAUACAAGGCGAAUCCAUGUGUCACUGGAUCAUGGAGAAACCUGGAACAUGGCACAACUCCCUUCAGUUGGACAAGAGCAGUUUUACUCUAUCUUGGCAGCUAAUGAUGACAUGGUGUUCAUGCAUGUAGAUGAGCCUGGAGAUACUGGGUAUGGCACAAUUUACACCUCUGACGACCAAGGCAUCAUAUAUUCGAAGUCCCUAGAAAGGCAUCUCUAUACCACCACAGGGGGAGAGACGGACUUCACCAAUGUGACCUCCUUGCGAGGCAUCUACAUCACUAGUGUGCUCUCAGAGGAUAAUUCCAUUCAAUCGGUGAUUACCUUUGAUCAAGGAGGGGAGUGGGUGCACUUGAGGAAACCUGAAAAUGCCAAAUGUGACUCAACUGCCAAAAAUAAGGAAAAGUGCAGCCUUCACAUCCAUGCAUCCUACAGCAUCUCCCAGAAGCUGAAUGUACCAAUGGCUCCUCUAUCUGAACCCAAUGCUGUUGGAAUUGUCAUUGCUCACGGAAGUGUUGGGGAUGCCAUUUCAAUAAUAAACCCAGAUGUUUACAUUUCGGAUGAUGGUGGCUAUACCUGGGCACGGAUGCUUGAAGGACCCCAUCACUAUGCCAUCUUGGAUUCUGGGGGCAUCAUUGUGGCCGUUGAGCAAACAGAUCAUCCUAUCAAUGUGAUUAAGUUCUCCACAGAUGAAGGACAGUGCUGGCACAACUAUGCUUUCAGUAAGGAUCCUAUGACAUUUACUGGCCUGGCAUCAGAGCCAGGAGCAAAAUCGAUGAAUGUUAGCAUCUGGGGAUUUACAGAGAGCUUCCUGUCUCGCCAGUGGAUCUCGUAUACUAUUGACUUUAAUGAUCUUCUCAACAGGGAGUGUAUGGAGAAGGACUACACAAAGUGGUUGGCUCACUCCAGCAAUCCCAAUGACCCUGCAGAUGGCUGCAUAUUGGGCUACAAGGAGGAAUACCUGCGCCUCCGCAAGUCGUCUUUCUGUCAGAAUGGCCGAGACUACGUUGUGACCAAGCAACCAUCUGUCUGCACUUGCACAUUAGGUGACUUCCUCUGUGAUUUUGGCUACUACCGCCCAGAAAACCAUUCCGAGUGUGUGGAGCAGCCAGAGCUGAAGGGGCAUGACCUAGAAUUUUGUCUGUAUGGGAAGCAAGAACGGCUAAAGACCAGCGGAUAUCGGAAGAUCCCAGGAGACAAAUGUGUGGGUGGGGAAAAUCCCAUCCGUCAAGAGACUGAUCUGAAAAAAAAAUGCACUAGCAACUACUUGAACUCAAGCCAGCUGUCUACUUCCUCCAACUCCACUCCAGUCAUCCUGGCUGUAAUAGGCUUGAUGCUUAUGACUGCUGUAGCUGGAGUAGUCAUCAUUAAGAAAUACGUUUGUGGAGGAAGGUUUCUGGUUCACCGGUACUCUGUCCUGCAGCAGCAUGCGGAAGCUAAUGGCUUUGAUGGAGUUGACACACCAGAUGCCAAUAAAACAGGCUACCAUGAUGAUUCUGAUGAGGACCUUCUGGAAUAGUGAUAUUGCAGAUCUAACUAGAACUGGAUUCACAUGGAUUUAGAUGCUGCUACAGAAGGGCCACAAUGCAGACGGUUCAUUUUACUUCUAAUUUGAAUGCCUUUUCCAUAUCCAAGGGAUUCUGUGUUCCUACUGCUUCCAUCAAACUGUCUAAAACUAAGAAGGCUGCAAGAACUGCUUUGGGUGGGUGGGUGGGUGUAGAAGGGGGAGAUACUGCAGCUCUGAAUAAGGAAGAAGGGAAACCUCUUUUUUAUAUAAAAAUGUAACUUUGUUUUAAUCAGGUUUCUUUUUUCCAACUCUUAAAGGAAAACUAAAUAGGAAUGUGAAAGCAACAUUUCAUUAAAUAUUAGCAUUACUAGGUACAACAGACCAUGCUACUAGGAGAAGGCUCCAAAUCCCUGGGUGGGGGACAUGGUCCACUUCAACACUGUGAUGACACUGCUUUGAAGCUGUUGCAGUGUGAGCAGCACUUCUCCUAGCAAGCAGGACAAUGAGAUGCUAUGGCAGGGACUGAGAAAGCUAACCAGCAUCCCGGGGCUGUGUGCCAAAACAGGGUUGCUUUUCGUUUUCACUGAAAUGUAAUCAACUGGGCAGGUGUGUGCUGUGCAAAGCAGAGAUUAUUCCAAGGCUAGAAGCAACUCUGUGGCUCUCCGAUUCCAAGGAACCAAACUGUGAAAUCGGCAUGUGUGUUGCCAUAAAUAUAAAAAGCAAAAUCAUGGGGGUGGGUGGGGGUGGGGGGGUUGAUUUAUCAACUGUAAGACUAAGUAUACAGAUAUUCCAGAAAUAUGACUUGUUUAGAAUGUUAUGAAGGAACAGAAAUUGUUUGCUUUUAAUCGGGUUCUUGAAGGAAAGUUUCGUUGUGCUACUGGCAGCACCAUGAUGUUCUUAAGUGUUUCUAAUUUUCAUUAUGUUUUUAGAUUAUACGUAGAUCAGUGGUUGCUACACAUGCACGCUUUGCUAUUGUGUUUUUCUGACUUCUGUUCAACAACACAGUUUGACUGUUAUGUGCCAUGUGGAAUCAUAACUAUUUCUCAAUAUUUUUGGGGUUCACAGAGGGUACAGUAUUGUGGAUUGAACCUUGAGAAGGUAGUAAGUUAAGUUUCUUGAACUCAGUAGCUAAAAGUUGGCCUAUUGGGAUGUGAAUUGGCAACAGAGGCAUUUCACUCCAGCAGCUAUUAUAGUAAGAACCAAGGGAUUCUUACUAUAGAAACACAAAGUAUUGAGCCAGUGCGUGGCAUAGGUAAUAUUCGGCUUCUGUUGCCUUGAAGGGACUGAGAUGCUUGGAGAGACAUGUUUGAACUUGAAAGACCUUCAUAACAUUCAGUAAUGUAUUUUCUUGAAUUUUGGUCCCCAGUGGUACUUUUUACACUUAUCUUAGGACUUUGUUCUAUUCCAGCAUAGGUGAGUGAUUAGUCACAAUUUGUCCACACUUCCCACUGCUUUUCCCCAGGGAAAACCACUCUUUUGUGCUUGAUCGGAGCAAAUGGCAAUUCGGGUUGGGUUGCCAUUUGUUAAGAUCUAUUGCUAAAGAACAGUUUUCCCUGGAGGAAAGCAGCAGGACAAGAAGAAGUGUGGAUAAGCCCCUAGACAAAAUAUUAUUCCCCACUCACCUGUGGCAGGGUCUGAAUACCUUCCACAUACCACCUGCAUCCUUAAUCUUGCUAUGAAUGCCUAUACUGGAUAUUGCCCCACUCUGCUUUUAUUCCCCACAUGUUCCUGCUGGUGAGGCAGCACUACCAGGAAGGUCUCACUGGAGGUUUCAGGGUGAGGCUACCUUUGCUCCCUUGUGCCUAGCAUGGUGCUAGGGCAUGCAUCCAGGCAUGGGGAGCCCUGGGACACAUAGCAUAUUUUCCCCAGGGUCUCUAGUGUGUGUGAUGCUUAAGGACCACCUUCCCCUUACCAAGCCCUAGUACUUCCCUAAGAUCAGGCAUCCCCAAACUUCGGCCCUCUAGAUGUUUUGGACUACAAUUCCCAUCUUCCCCAAGCACUGGUCCUGUUAGCUAAGGAUCAUGGGAGUUGUAGAUCAAAACAUCUGGAGGGCUGCAGUUUGGGGAUGCCUGCCUAAGAUCAUCAGAGGAGACCUUGCUGCUAAUGCUGCAACCUGCUGAGUGUCCAUGGUGGCAUCUACCUUCUGAAUGCUACCCUCCACAAUUUUUCAGGAGGCACUGACUGUUGGGUAUUUCCACCAUUAAUCAGUUUAGCUUGCCUUUCUUCAAAGAAGCAGAUAUUCAGUGGCUGUCAAUUAUGCCCUAGUGGUUAGGUCAGGACAUGUUGCUAAAGUCACAGAGCUUUCCACCUCACUUUUGGGCAACAAUGAGAGUCAGAUACAUGAAAUAAAGUGUCUGUCCUGGAUUUGUUUUCCCCACAGUUACUUUGGCUUUACUGUGCUUUUUUUAUUGAGCCCUUACUUCCUCCCUUACAACACUGCAUCAUUUGAUUAUAUCUCAGGGUUUUCAUUGUCUUUCUUGGUAUAAAAUUAUUUUGUCCCUUGCAGAAGGUACCAACGAGGAACACAUGGCAAGGCAGAACAUUUGUCCCUGGAAGACACUUGUAGCUUAUUCCACUUCUUGUUUAUUCUGACUCCAUUUAAACCCGGUACAGAAGCACACUUGCAUGUAAAUAAGAGUGCUGUUUACAGUCAAUGUUAAACUCACAGUAACUCAACCAGGAAAUGAAGGGGGCUCAAUAUCCUUGUGUCUGACAGCUGCUCCAAAACCCCUGCUCUUAACAUAUUUGAACUUCUUGUGUACAUCUGUUCUGUACAGAGCCAGGUUCAAAUCGCUUUACUAUCCAUGUGAUGUGGCUGAAACUCUUUUAAGUGCUGGGCUGGGAUUGUGAUGGAAAGCCUGUAAUGUAGCUGGUGAAGACCUUUUCCAUUUCACUGAGAACACAAUCUGACUACUGACUCUUCCUAUUAUAUGUCCUAUUUUCUAUGUGUAUUAAAGCAUCUCUGGAAGGGUGGUUAGGUAAGGGAGUUCAUUACUGGGCAUGACCUGUUCCAUUGCUCCAUUUCUCUUGGUUCCCCUCUCAUAAGACACUAUACAUUGUGGCACAUUGGCUUAUAAAGUGAGAGCAUUCAAGGAACUAGAAACCUCAAUAAACUAACCAGGUCCUUGUUACUGUCAUACACUUGCUGCCCUACACAACAGUAGCCUUGUCCUCCAUAGUCUUGAGUAUUUAGGUAACACUGCAUCUUCGUCACUGCUCUAAGGGUGCUGCCUAAGUGACAAAGCAGUCCUGGAAAUGUUGCCAUUGCAUGAGCUUUGAAGUAUCAUUGUCUCCCUGAUGUGUCUGUAAGGCAGACCAGACCAGGCCAUGUGCAUAAUGGCUGUAAAAUAUAACAUAACAAAAAGCCAUAGCUAAUACACUCCUCUACACAUAAUUUCUUAAGAUGUACAGUCUGAGGCAAAGUGCAGAAGAAAAAUAAAGGAGCCAUGUAUAGAGUCUGUAAAUAAGCCUGGCUAUAUUAUAAAUUUGUACUGGUAUUUUUCUGUAUAUUUGCAAUAUUUGGGUUAGAAAUAAAGACAAAAAUUGGGCGUU